AUGGCUGAUGCAGCAGAGGCCCAGAGAGAGGAAUCAAUCUUCUCGACCAGCUACUGGCGGCAAGUCUGCCCUGAGCUGCACGUGGAGGACAAAGCCUACCAGGCCGAAGUCCUCGCACGCGAUAGAUCUGUCGCAGCAGUGGCCGACUGCCGCGAGGUCCGCUCGCGCAUCCUGGAGGAGGGCUUCGCCGCGCUUUCUCCGGCGCAGCUCUCGUGGACGGCCCCGGUGGGCCGCCUCGCCCAGGGCGUGCUGCAGCUUGAGAAGCACGGCUGGCCGGCCACGUUCAUUGCUCUCUAUGACGAGGCCUGGGCGAUGGCGAGGGAUGCCGGCGCCGUGAUGCGAGAAGCCACGGGCAACAGUCUCUGUAUGGAUGUGGUGGGAUUCCUGGUGCGCCCAUCGCAAACGAAGGGCUUCUCGCCCCACCGUGACAGGCAGCCAGAAGACUGGACCCCAAAGGGUGUGCCGCCCGAGACGGCGGCCACGUUUAAACCGGAUGGCAUGGCCAAGUAUGUCACGCUCUGGGCGGCGCUGACGGACGCCACGCCCGAGAACUCCUGCCUGCACUUUGUGCCGCGACGGGUGGAUCCCGGCUACUCGGCUGGAGAUCCGGAUGAUGGGGAUCCGAUGUUGCGCAUCUUCCAGGACAAGGCCGCCUUUCAGACCAUCCGCAGUGCCCCCGUCGCUGCUGGAGGCUGCACAUUCCACACGCACCGCACCAUCCACUGGGGCUCCGCUGGCCGCCGCGCCGGUGAAGUGGCUCCGCGGAUCGCGCUGUCCUUCGGCUUCAGCACGGAGGAUUUCGAGCCGCCCUACUUCUCGCCAAAGGCCCUUCCCUUUCCGGAGCUUCGGCUGCGAGCUGCGCUGGCAUCAGCCCAGGUCCUCAACUACGCCACGUUGGCCGUGGGAGAUCGAGAGGGCUGGAGUGCGCUAGCAGGCGAGAUGGCGGGCUGCGGGGCCUCCACGUUGCGGCUGCUCCACCGGGUCUUCCAAAGCCAAGCGAAGCGUUUCCACCCCACGUACCGGAAGGAGAUUGCGACAAAGUUCGUUUCCGUCUCCUUGAACCUUCCACCAGGCGCGGCCGAGGAGGGAGCCAAGACAGCGGAGGAGGGCAAGGGCCCUGGCCCCGGCUCGCAGAAGAGGCGGCGCGCGGCCGCCAAGCAGGUCGAAGAUAGCGACGAUGACGACGAUGCGCUGAUGGCCAUGCUUGAGGCCGAGGCAUCCACCGGCGAGGUGCUCUUCCACGACGAUUUCGAUCUCCUGAAUUCCGGCGAGGGCCCGGAGGAAGCCUCCCCAAAGCCGGCGCGGAAGAAGAAGGCGCUCGGCAAGAGGAAGAAGCCGCGGGGCACCGGAAAAAAUGGGUAG